UUUAAUGGCUCAGAUUCCUCUCCAACCAACCAUGAACCAUGACAAACUACCUGUCACCGACUUGUUCACGUCGGCGAGGCAACGAACCCAAAACAUAUCCUUCUAUGAAAAGCAUAUUUUACGCCGCCUUCGUCUCUUCUCCAUCAACUCCACACAUAUUACAACUCUCUCUCUUCCUCUCUCUCUGUUCUCAAUCAUUUACACAUAUACAUACAAUUUUAAUUUCUCUAUAUCAUCUCUAUCUUCUCCUGUAAUCCCACCUCCGCCACCACUUAGGGAAUUCGAGGCGACGCGAAAUUUAGGCAAAAAUGGUGCGCCGUCUCUUGACCUGCUUCGGCAAGGACAGCACUACUACUACGUCGUCGUCAUCAGCGGCUGCCACGUCAGUGACGGUGGACACGACGGAGGAGGAGAAGCGGCGAGGGGGAGCGGUGCUGGUGGAGCUAUUCACGUCGCAGGGGUGUAAGACGUCGCCGGAGGCGGAAUUGCUGUUUUCGCGGCUAGGGAGGGGGGAUUUUGGGCUGGACUUGCCGGUGGUGGUGCUGCUUGCUUAUCAUGUGGACUAUUGGGAUUUUAUGGGCUGGAAGGAUCCGUAUGGGCUGAGCCAUUGGACUGUUAGACAAAAGGCCUAUGUUGAGGCCAUGAAUUUGGAUACCAUGUUUACGCCCCAAAUUGUGGUCCAAGGCAAGGCCCAGUGUGUGGGGACUGAAGAGGAUGCUGUGUUGUCUUUGAUUAAUAGUGCACCAAGAUUUCCUGCUCUUGGCUUCCAGGCAACCUUUCAAAGACCAACAUCAGAUUCAUUGCAAGUCUCACUGAAAGGAGCUUUGAGGAGCAAAGUUGACGGCAAUGGUGCCAACGUCAUGGUGGCUCUAUAUGAGAGUGGAUUGGUGACUAACUGUCCAACCGGAGAGAACAAAGGGCGCGUCCUAUCCAAUGACUUUGUCGUAAGAAAGCUCGAAAAGCUCUGCGCCGUCAAGGACAUUUCGGCCAAGAAGACUGUAUCCGGCACUGUCAACUUCACUCUCUGGGGAAGCUUCAAUGGCAGCAAAUGUGGAGUCGCUGUCUUUGUCGAAAACACUUCUCAUCAAGUUUUUGGUUCUCAGAACUUCCAAUUGCCUGAUGAUAUAUGAAAUUUAGAGUACUGUUGUGUACAGGAUUUGUUGUUUGUGUUAGGAACUAAUGAUUGAUUUGUUGUUUGUGUUAGAGAAAUGUGGGCAAUUAUAAUGCCUGUGUCAAUCUCUUCUUUGGGCAGUCAAAAA